AUGGCUCAGUGGUUAGAACGCGAAUUUACUGACCAGAAGGCCCGUGGUUCUAACACGACCUCUGCCUCUCGACUUCCCCCGUGUAGGCUUGGACAACCUGGCAGUAACACAGUCCUCGUGCUUCCUUCUGGUGGCAUGGCAACACAUUACGCUGUUCUUACUUUGGAUGCUUCGGAUUUCUUGUUCUGUAUCGUUUUCGUGGCCUUCAUUAAUGUGCUUGUGCAGAAGUUGAUCAGACUAACCACACGCCAUCUCUCGUUCCGAAAAAUUAAGGACACAGGUGAAGGGCCCGUUGCUGAUACGAUCAAUUCUGCUGGGCAACCGGAUGCUAGUUCAUUUGAACACAAAGCGUCUUAUGUUAAGGAGCUGACAAAGUGCCCGUCAAGAACAGCAGCCGUGCGGCAUCUGCACUCUCACGUUCUGGACUCCCUCAGCCGGGAGGAGGUGGAAGAGGAGAGGCGCGUGUGUAAAGACCAGUUGACUGCAAUUUUCCAGGUGAUGCAGUCCCAACCGGAUCGUUUUGGGCCGAUGUCCGAGGAGGACAUGGAACAACAACUGUCACAGUUUUACGAAGCUGAUCCACUGCCUAUGAAACCCAGGGAGUGCGAAGCGCAAGCAUUGCUUGAGAAACUCACCAAAGUCAUCCUCAAAAUUCAAGGAUUGAUACUGGAUGUUGUGGAACAUAGUAUGUAUCUUAGAAGUUGCAUCUUCUUUGACAUUAGUGUGAUAGAUGAAGUGAAUGCGCGAAUUUCAAAGGCCAAAAUUGCGUUUGCCAAUUCGUACCAUUGUGGCAUCAAAAGGGCAUCUCACUUGUUCUCAAAGGACGCGUGUAACAGACUACUUUACAGCUGCGAGACUUGGCCACUACGGGCGGAGAAUCUGAGGCAUCUUCAUGUCUCUGACCAGGAGCACGGCUAA